AUGACUUCAUCCUCAUCGUCGUCGUCAUCAUCAUUUCUACGACAUCAUCGAGACGCCGAAAGAAUCCAACCACCGUACAAAACUCAUGUGCACAGCAGCGGGUCACAGGUCAAACUAACAUGCCCCUCUAUAUCCGCGGGCUCGCUCUCGAAAUACGACUCACCCCAUUACAACUGGGAGAAGGAUAAAGUGACCAUUCAGAAUUGGGAAAAGAGUUACAACAUGACCGGGAAACAUCUUUUCGUCUUAAAUAUGACGGAAGAAGAUUCCGGAUUCUAUGAAUGUAAGACUGUUACUGGGAGGGGAACGGAAAGGGCGCAGUUUUUACUCUACGUUCAUGAUCCCAACACGGUCCCACCUCAAAAAUCAUCCGUCACCAUUAAAACGUUGGAAAAAUUGAAGGGGAAGGAUAUCAAACCGUGGUUCUUGAGCGAAAUCUCCGAAACAGGCUUCGUAACGGUGCAAUCGGGAGAGAGAGUGGCCCUGUCGUGUGACGGGACGGGCCGACCUACCCCUUCCAUCACCUGGUUCAAAAACAACGUCCAACUCAGCGAGAAAGAACUCAGUCAGAUGUUGGCCGGUCUGAGGAACGAGACCAACAAGCUGGUCAUCAAACACGCUAAAGUCACAGACUCUGGUGUCUAUAUGUGCCAGCUUUGGAAUGUUGCCGGCAAAACUAAUUUCAAUUAUACGCUAACCGUCGAAGAUAGUGGCGAAAUAGUACCAUACUUUCUUGAUAGUUACAUGAAGAAUGUUUCAGCUGAUGUGGGACAGUCUGCCUCCUUUGAAUGUGCCGCUGCAAACGUCAAGCCACACGAUUUACAGUGGGGCAAGCCGUUGACAACGUCCUCAAACGGAGACGAGGCAGAAGGAACAAUCACUUUCCGCAACCAGCAGUACCUAUUCUUAAGGGGAGAGACAUUUCAACACCCGACAGAAAGAGUUGUGAUCAACCGUCUGACCAUCCCAUCCGUUCGUCCCUCGGAUUACGGGAUGUACAUCUGCUUCCAUGUCGAUCCCUCGUUGGCAAGUACUCCACUUCAGAAAACUGUUUUUCUUAGUGGACUUCACGGUGAAGGCAGUGACUGGCAGUCCAUGUCCGACAUGUUGAAUCCUGGCUCCCACUUCGUUCUCGGAAUCAUUGCCACUCUUGUCGUCGGCGUCAUCGUCUUCAUCAUCAUCCUCGUCCUUUGUUGCAAGAAAAUUUCAUCCUCAUCGACGCAUGAAGCAACCUACCCUUCUGGAAAACCCAUAGUCACGUGCAUAGGUCAAAGUUCAACCUCCAUUCGUCCCGGGUCAGGCAUGCCAGCUGCCACGAACUGCUCGCCAAAUUUAAUGACGCAUUUUUCACAGGAUCAACAGCCACAGAAGUUUCAAAAGCCGCCACUGCCACCACAACAGCAAUUGAACUCGCAACAACAAUUAUUCCUUCAGCAACAAAACCAACAACACUGCACGGAUGAUUAUUACCAUUAUCAGCAGCAACAACAGCAAAUGGCCAGACAGUAUCCAAACUACUAUUACAACAGUAACAACAACAAUCCUGACAACAACCAAAUGGUCGCCCCAUCCGAAAUUAACCCCUCACCGACCCACGUUGAGGGCCUGCCCUGUUACCGCCCCCUAAACACUCCAUCGUUGCAGGAGGCAUCGUACUCCUCAAACGAGCAACCACACGCCAGCAAGUUCACCCCGCAGCACCAGUACAACCCGCCACACCUGUCAACCAAUCAGUACCAUCACAUCCCAUCAUCGGCCUCGUCGCUUUCGUCGUCUCAAAAACAAAAAAACCAGUUGCAGCAACAACAGCAACAGUUCCUUCUGCAACAGCAACAUCUUCAGCAACAUCAGCAUCCACUCCUUCAUAACAAUAAUAACAACAACAACAAUAAUAAUUUGUUGCAGCAAGUCUGAUCAUUUUGUUGAGAUUAUCAAACAAUUAUCAUCUGUUGUAGUCUGUUUGUUUGUUUUAGUUGUAGAUUUAUUUCAUUAUUUAUAGCGAAUAUAUUUUGUAAGAAUAAUAAUUGAUAAAUUUUUAUUUUUGUUUUUCAUCUUUUUAAAUCCUCACUAUUAAUACUCAGUCAGUUUAAUCUAAUCUAACACAACGUUAAAGCAUCGGUCAUCCAUUCAAUUCAAUGAAUUGAUGAAUUAAUGAAUGAAUGAAUGAAUGAAUUAAUUAAUUAAUGAAUCAAUCAAUGAAUCAAUCAAUGAAUCAAUCAAUAAAU